AUGUGGUCGAAGAUUUCCAACACAACGAGUGGGUACGUGUUCAAGCUUUGUGAUGGGCCUAUCAGUUGGGCUUCCUGGAAACAAACAGUAGUUGCAAAGUCUACUUGUGAGGCAGAAUACAUCGCACUCAGUGAAGCAUGCAAAGAGGCUGCGUGGCUUCGACGCUUCCAUGCCGAUGUACUUGGUGCGAAUUCGGAUCCAACAAUUCGCGUUGGAUGUGACAACGUUGGUACGAUUGCGUUUGCUCAGAACGAAUCUACAAAUCGUCGGAACAAGCACGUUGAUAUUACGUAUCAUUUUGUUCGAGAUGCGGUGCAGCGAAAACUGGUCACAUUGUACCAUUGUCCGACAACAGAAAUGCCAGCCGAUAUGUUGACCAAACCACUUGGUCGCGUGCUGUUUGAAAAGUUCGUGGGCAUGGUUGGGCUUUCCGAGUGCCAAGCUGCCCAAAGCAUGUGA